AUGAGCACUGCAGGACAUGUUGGUCACUUGACGGCCAAGCAACAGGAUGCACUCACCCAGCUGCGCACCAUGACCACCGAGCUGCCGCAUCAAGAGUGGCUGGACGACCCGUACUUGCUGCGCUUCCUGCGGGCUCGAGCCUUCAACGUCGACCGCACCUUUGAGAUGCUCGAAGACCACUUCCACUGGCGAAAGGAGACUUUGUUCCCCCGAAGGCAAGGCCCACCCACCUCCCCGAACCUCCUGGGUGCACCCGUGCUUGUAUCACAAGAUGGCGAACAAUGCGCCUCAUUCCUCUUUGAACCGCGCCCCCCUGCGCCGCCGACGUUCGCGGACCUUGGCCAGACUGCAUCUCGCCGUCAACGCGGGUGUAUCAUGGUCCAUUUUCCACUGGGACUCGGCGGCGCGCUCUCCGUGCUCACCAUUCACUACCCCGGCGGCCUGCACUUCCAUGAUCGCGAGGGCAGCAUUGUCUAUGUUGAUCGCAUCGGCCAGACCGACCCUCGCGGAUUGUUGCGAGCAGCGCGAAAGGCAGACAUUGUUCAGUUCCGCAUUUUCAACAUGGAGCGCACGCUUCAGGUGUGCGCAGAGCAGUCCGCCAAAAUCGGACGCAAGGUGCAAGAGCUCACCAUCAUCAUGGACUUGACCGGUCUCAACCGCAAGCAUCUCUGGGGCCCUGGACUCGACCUGUUCCGCGCCGUCGCCAAGAUUUACGAGGCAAACUACCCCGAGGUGGUCAAGCGCUGCUUUAUCAUUAACGCGCCCAUGAUCUUCCCAGUCAUGUUUAAUCUCAUCAAGCCGCUGCUGCACGAGGCAACCCGUCAAAAGAUCCGUGUUUUGGGAAGUGACUACGUCAGCGUGCUGUCCGAGUACAUCGACCCGGCUGUGCUUCCCCGGUUCUUGGGUGGAACGUGCACUUGCUCGGGCGAGGAUGAGUUUUGCAAAAAGUUCAUUCGUCCUGGUGGCGAGGUUCCUGCAACGUUCUUCCUGGACUCGGCGCUCAGCGACAGCGCGGUCGGCGAGAGCGGCGGCGAAUCGACCACCGUUGGCCGCGCUGCCACGUUCGACGUGGCCGUCUUGGUGCGUCAGCCUGGCAGCGUGUUGAGCGUCGAGUACAUGACCAAGGACUUUGAUGUCAAGUUUGGUAUCUGGUACUUCCAAAACGACGAUGCCGUGCUCCAGAAUGGCGACUAUGUCGAGAGCUCCUCGGGCAAGCGUCACCCUCGCGGCAUCCACCGUCAGAGCUCUGUUCGACAGCAACAACCGGCCCCGGUGCUGCGUCGUGAAGCCCACAGUGUUCCCGAUAUCGCUGCCCACUCGCUUCAGGCAGUCGCAACAGUAGAAGCCGCAGAAGACCAACAGCCCAAAACCAUGAAGCGUGGAAACAACAGUGUACCCGACAUCCACGCUGUUGCCGCGGCAAGCGACGACUCGAACGUGACGCGUCGCUACCAGCUUUUCAAGGGCACUGUGCCCAAGGAUCUGGACGUCAUCACUGAAACUACGCAAGCAGAUAGUCAUCUGGUCAUGAUGAGCGAGCAAGUUGUGUGCGAUGAGCCUGGUGUCUAUGUGCUCCGCUGGGAUAACACUUACAGCUGGACACGCAGCAAGCAGCUGCGAUAUCUGAUCGAAGUUACGAGGCCCGAAGUCGACGAUUAG